AGCACGUGUUGGAGCCUUCUGGAAGCCGACUCCCCUUCACGCGAGCGUCCGAGCGCUAGCAGUGCGGACUCUCCUACCAGCGGGACUUUGUUACUUUUAACUUCGCCAUGGCGGCCGUGAAAGCUCUGAAUCCUAAAGCAGAGGUGGCCCGGGCCCAGGCCGCGCUGGCUGUGAACAUCAGUGCCGCUCGGGGGCUCCAGGACGUGCUCAGGACGAACCUGGGACCGAAGGGGACCAUGAAGAUGCUGGUUUCUGGUGCAGGAGACAUAAAGCUGACCAAAGAUGGCAACGUCUUGUUACAUGAGAUGCAAAUUCAGCACCCGACAGCAUCACUCAUCGCUAAGGUCGCUACAGCACAGGAUGACAUCACAGGAGAUGGAACCACCUCCAACGUCCUCAUCAUUGGUGAACUGCUGAAGCAGGCUGACCUCUAUGUGUCAGAGGGUCUUCACCCAAGAAUCAUUGCCGAGGGCUUUGAAGCGGCAAAAGAGAAAGCCUUGGCUGUUCUGGAGGAAGUGAAAGUGACUCGGGAAAUGGACAGAGAGACCCUCAUCAAUGUAGCACGCACCUCCCUCAGGACCAAGGUCCACAUGGAGCUGGCAGACCUCCUUACCGAGGCUGUUGUAGAUGCUGUUCUGGCCAUCGCUAAGCCCAAUGAGCCCAUCGACCUGUACAUGGUGGAAAUCAUGGAGAUGAAGCACAAGACCGACUGUGAUACACAGCUGAUCAGAGGUUUGGUGUUGGACCACGGUGCCCGACACCCAGACAUGAAGAAGAGAGUGGAGGAUGCCUACGUGCUGACCUGCAAUGUCUCUUUGGAGUAUGAAAAGACAGAGGUCAACUCUGGCUUCUUCUACAAGAGUGCUGAUGAGAGGGAGAAGUUUGUUGCUGCAGAGAGGAAGUUCAUUGAGGAUCGUGUGCAGAAGAUCAUCGCCCUGAAGAACAAAGUCUGUCCCAACGGGGAGAAGGGAUUCGUCGUCAUUAACCAGAAGGGUAUUGACCCAUACUCCCUGGAUGCCCUCGCCAAGGAAGGCAUUGUAGCUCUCCGCAGGGCGAAGAGGAGGAACAUGGAGAGGCUCUCCCUCGCUUGCGGUGGCAUUGCCAUGAAUUCAGUUGAUGACCUCACACCUGAGUGCUUGGGACAUGCUGGGUUGGUCUAUGAACACACACUGGGAGAGGAGAAGUACACAUUCAUCGAGAAGUGUGGGAACCCUCGUUCAGUUACCCUGCUGGUGAAGGGACCCAACAAACACACCCUCACACAGAUCAAAGAUGCCGUCAGGGAUGGUCUGCGGGCUGUCAAGAACGCCAUAGAAGAUGGUAGUGUCGUGUCUGGCGCCGGUGCGUUAGAGGUGGCUGUGGCAGAUGCUCUGGUAAAACACAAGCCCAAUGUGAAAGGCAGAGCCCAGCUGGGAGUCCAGGCAUUCGCAGAUGCUCUCCUAGUCAUCCCCAAGGUUUUGGCCCAGAACUCUGGCUACGACCCACAGGAGACUGUGCUGAAGCUGCAGACGGAGUACAAAGAGUCUGGUCAGCUAGUUGGAGUCGACCUCAGCACAGGAGAGCCGAUGGUGGCAGGAGAAGCCGGUGUUUGGGAUAAUUACAGCGUCAAGAAACAGCUCCUUCAUUCAUGCACGGUGAUCGCCAGCAACAUCCUGUUGGUGGAUGAGAUCAUGCGAGCUGGAAUGUCUUCUCUCAGAGGUUAAAGGUCAAACAGAAGAAGCUGCAGCUGUUAUCAUACUGGCAGGAAUAGCUGUUUACCUGACGUUUCAGUCAACGCGUUCCUGCUCUCGGCACUCUGAAAGCACCCCAGUCUGAUGGACUGCCUGUGCUAAACGCAACGGCGUCCAUCGCAGUGUCUGUCAGAAAUCAUUGUUAAUGCUAGUCAUGUUUAUUUUUUCAUGGAUUUGUCAAUGCCUCCCCCCUGACAAGAUUGGUUUAUUUAUGAGAUUUUGUUAAAGCACUGACGUCUGCCACUCAGUUUUGUUUCUACCCAUUAAAGGUUUUCUCGGCUCAUGAAA